AUGAACUCCCUAAAUUUCCUAUCCGCGCGAGUGAUAGGCCAGACGAAUUCUCCUCUUCGCAAUCGCUCCCAUUCGCAAAGCGAUGUGUCUCAAUCGGCUGUGCGCAGUAGCCUAGCGAAUUCUCGCUCGUAUAGCGAACAGCAAUUACACCGCGGAUUCCCGGUAGGCGAGAGAGAAAAGGAUGACCACGAGAUCUUGACAUCAGACUUCUCCACUGAUGGGACGGUAGAAUUCAACGAGAAGACACCGCUUCUAUAUGAGCUACAAAAGGCCGGCGCAUCGCAAACACCAAACCGGCUUCUUCUGGUUUCCCUGCGGAUAUUCGAUGCUAUCACUGGUGCUAUCAAGGUCAUUCUUUCCACGAUAGCUGCCCCGGGUAUCUAUAUUGCCCGUGGUUUUCAGGAUGACGAUGGAUACUACUCGCCUAUAGUUCCCUUUCGCAAGGUCCGUCGAUUGAUGGGCGUUCGCAAUACGGAUGGCGAGAAACACUUGAGGAAGUCAUCGUCUACAGGCAGCAAGGGAGAAUCUGGCAAUAGACGGAACGGCUCUUCCAGGAAGCCUCGACACUCGCCAUCACGGUCAUCAAUGUCAACGUCCGAAUCUGACGGAGAACCUCCAACAUCAAGCUCAUCCAGUACCGCAGGACCCCGUCAUACACGAUCUAAAUCCUAUGAUAGUGACUUCAACACUGAUGAUAACACGCCUAGAAGAUCUAUACGAAUCAAAUUGCACAAUGAAGACGCCUUACAGCGAGAGAAAAAACGAUCUCAUAGCACAGAUAUUCGUCAAAGUUUGAAGACCGAUGGCCCUCCCACACCAACAGUUCUCGCAGCAGAAAGUUUAAAGUCACCCAUCUCCUCGUCCUCUCACCAUAAACUCACGAAAUACCCUCAUGCCCCCGCUCCUCCACGCCCUCUAGUUCCACUUCGCCAGCCGUCAUACUCAGUGCGAGCCAGCGGCCGCAGAGCACCUCAGAAGACACUUGUCCUCGAUCUAGACGAGACUCUUAUCCACUCUUUAGCGAAAGGCGGCCGAAUGUCCAGCGGUCAUAUGGUAGAAGUCAAACUGGCCGCUCCCUUUCCCGCAACCUCUCCGCAAGGAGAAGCUCCCACUAAUCUUGGCCCUCAACAUCCUAUUCUGUACUAUGUACAUAAACGACCGCACUGUGAUGAAUUCUUAAGGAAGGUCUGCAAGUGGUAUAAGCUAGUUGUUUUCACAGCCAGCGUGCAAGAAUACGCCGAUCCAGUCAUUGACUGGCUCGAGCAAGAGCGCAAGUUUUUUCAAGCCCGGUAUUAUCGACAGCACUGCACGUUCCGUAAUGGGGCUUUCAUCAAGGACUUGAGCUCGGUAGAGCCUGAUUUGAGCAAAGUCAUGAUAUUGGACAACAGUCCAAUGAGCUACAUCUUCCAUGAGGAUAAUGCCAUUCCUAUCGAAGGCUGGAUUAGUGACCCCACCGACAGCGGGCUGCUCAGUCUAAUUCCUUUACUUGAAGCUCUUCAAUAUGUCACCGAUGUACGCGCAUUCUUAGCGCUCCGAAGAGGUGAAGCGGAAUCAUAA